AAUUGUCAAUGUCGUGUAUAUCAAAAAGAAUUAAUUGUUUUCAAAACUUCUGUGAAUCACCGGCUGUUCAAAUAAAUUUGAUUAACAGUGAAAAAAAGUAUCUUGUGAAUUAAAAUAACUAAAAUACUUCAUUAGAACGUAAAAAAUGGUUCGUGUGAUAACUCAGGAAACUUACGAUGACGUUGUAAAGGAGAAUAUGGAUGAAUUUGAUAUGAGCCCCGAGGAGGCUAUUAAAGAAGCAAUUGCUCAAUUUGAAGCACAGGGUGUGGAUUUAUCUAAUAUUAUCAAGAAUCUAAAAUUAAACACUGGUGAAGAACAUCAAGUGAGUUUAACUGUUAAAAAACUCAAGGAGUUGUCAAAUGCAGCCCAAAACAAUGAUGAACCAAUCUUGGAACAAUUGAAUAUAUUGGUGAGAGAAUGCAACAAAUAUAUUGCUCAUAGAGUAAGAGCAGGCAAAGAGGUUUAUUAGCGAAUGCCUACAAGUUAUCAGAAAGUUGACCUUAGACGACGACGUGCGCGUGGAGUUUGGCAAAGCUCACGAACAUGCUCGUGAACUUGGCGCGGAGCUUCUCGAUACGUUGACAAGGUUGCUUGAAAAUAACAUGAAGCCACCGUUGGUAAGUGAUGUGAUGUGUACAAUCGCGUGCCUGCUGGUGCGACACGAGCUGGCUGACAACUACGAUGACGUCACCGUUGUACAUAAAGCCACUAAGCUGUGAGUAUAUACUUGAAUCGAACUCGCGAUCGGCAACAUCUUACUUGGGAAUCUAACAUUAAACGUGAUGUCUUAGUCACUUCGGAAUCACCGAUUAGAACUGACUUGAGAGGUGCAGAGUUACAAAAUUUAAAACAUACUGUGGAAGAACGUAUAGCCUAUACGUUCUCAAUUAAGUCUUUUUCAAUAGAAUUCGCGAGUGACAACUUAUGUUGAUUAUAUUGCAGGUUUGGCACGUGAGCAAUCAGCGACAGCUACGGUUCCUAAAGCACCACGAGACGAAGGUGCAGUGGUGCCGGCUCUCCCCGGUGCCGGAGCGGCUGACGCACGGCGUCCCCCACUCGACCAGCCCCGCCCAGCACUCACUCGUGCUCGUCACCAUGGCAGCGGAGAUCGUCUGGUGGAACAUUACAUACAUCAUGAAGACCAGGAUUAAUAAAAACUUUUGGAGGAAUCGCUGAGAUGCAGUAACGCCUAUCGCAAGUCCAGUAGACACGGUGAAUCUUACCACAGUGAUGGACAACUUGCAUAUUGAAAGUGCACACAAUAA